GGUCAGCCAACCAAUGACGUAAAUUGUCAGUAAUUGUCAAAGAGAAUCAAAUUAAAGGGCCAAGGCAGAUAUCAAAAUAAUAUUACUAUUAACUUUUCCUAUAAACUGGAGAAACGAAGAGACAUUAUUCACUUGUAACAAUAAAUAGUAAAAAUUGUGCUGUAUAACUAACAGAAGUGACUGUUACAAAAUUUCAAGGUUUCGUCAUUAUAUCAACAAAUUACGCAUUUACACAAUGGAAGAAAACAUCUUAACAACUCUGAAACUCUUAAUAAUUGGGGAAAGUGGCGUUGGAAAAUCUAGUCUGCUGCUACGUUUCACUGAUGAUAACUUUGAUCCUGAGCAGACCUUAACCAUAGGUGUUGAUUUCAAGACUAAGCGAAUGGAUGUGGAUGGAAGUGCAAUAAAAUUGGCUAUCUGGGAUACUGCCGGACAGGAACGGUUCAGAACAUUAACACCAUCAUAUUAUAGGGAUGCACAAGGAGCAAUCUUGGUGUACGAUGUAAGCAGUGCAGCUAGUUUCUCGAAACUAGGAAAUUGGUUGAAUGAAUUGGAAACAUAUUCUACGAAGAGUAACAUUGUUAAAAUGAUUGUUGGGAACAAAAUAGAUGUGGAGAAUAGAGAAGUGAGCAGAGAAGAUGGCUUGAAGUUUGCUAGAAGACACCAGACUUUAUUUAUAGAAGCAAGCGCUAAAACUAAAGAUGGAGUUCAAUCCGCUUUUGAAGAAUUAGUUCAUAAGAUUAUUCAAACUCCUGGUCUAUGGGAUUCUUAUGGUGGUGGAAUUCACAUAGGGGAAGAAAAGGAGCACGGGUCAGCAAAUUGCAGCGGUUACUGCAGUUUAGCGUAAUGAUUUAAAAAAAAUAUGCAUAAUAUUUUUUUAAUUUCAAUGAUAAUUUUUUUAUAACGUUAGCUUUAACCCCACGAAAAUCAUUGAUCUUUGUCUCUAAUGUUGUUUUUAAGUAAUGGGGGUAUGAAAGGUGUGUCAUUUAUAUUUUCAAGAAUCAUCUGAAAUGUAUUUUUCUUUGGAUUAUCGUUAUGUGAUUUUGAAAAUUUGAGUCUUAUAUUUUAAUAAUCUUUAACAUAAGAUUUGCUUAUCCAUUGGUCAAUGAUUUGCUCUUACGUUUAUUCCUUACUAUUAAUGUAAUAAUGCGUAUAAAAAAACAUGCUUGUACAAGUCUCGAAUAUUUUAGAAAAUAUACGUCUGUAUAAAAUGUA